AUGGAGGGCUACAUGGAGAAAAACUUCUUCCGCGGAUCUGCUCUUGCAACAUGGUUGGGUUUUACAGCCACCUUCGCUGCGCGGCCAUUGGGGGGAAUGUUUCUUGGUAUUCUCAGCGAUACGCUGGGCCGGAAAGUUGCCGUGGUAGUCACGGUAAUUGGCAUGCUUUCUGCUACAGUGGGACAAGGACUCCUGCCGACGCCCAGACGGUGGGGGGAUGACAGUGCCAUGGCUGACAUUGGCAUAGGUCUCCUAUUCAGCCUCCGUUUGGUGCAAGGCCUUUGCACAGGGGGCGAGAUCGGAGCUGUAACCACCUACAUUACGGAGGUGUCAGCACAGCGGUCCAUGGGCCUGUGUGUCGCAUUCAUCUCAAUGACCGCCAAUGCAGGCUUCAUGUUUGCAAGGCUGGCCGUUUGGGGAUUUCAGUCGUAUUUGGGUGAGCAUGGAAUGCUGGAUUGGGGAUGGCGCUAUCCCUUCAUUUUGGCCAUCGUCCCCGGUUUAAUCAGUGUGUGGGGACGGCUGUUUUGCUUGAAGGAAUCCGAGCUUUUUGAAGAGGAGCAUUCCCACAACUUGUUGGAUGAGAGUGGCAGUGAGCUAGAAGAUAUACCGCGACGGAAGUCAACCAGGCGACAAGUAAUGGAAUUUGCUUGCACGCAUUUUUAUGCUGUGCUGAUAGGCACUGGGAGUGUCGUGUCUUUUGCAGUGUUCCAAUAUGGCGGUUUGGUAUGGUCAAAUUCUUUUCUCAAAAAACAUGGUGCUCCUCCGAAUUACUUGAUGAUGGCAGGGACGUGUUCAAGGCUGUUGCAGAUGGCUACUGCAUUACCAGUUGGGUGGCUGGCUGACAUGUAUGGGACUGCCUUGGUGAUUUUUGCUGGUGCUUUGAUUCAGACGCUGGCUGGCUUGCCGCUCUUCAUGGCUUUAGCUUCUGAUCCUUCAAGUGUUGCAAAUUUGUUUGCCACAUACACGGUGGCUUACAGUCACUGGCCGCAUCAGAUCCGCUUGCAAGGUGUUGUGGCCAAUCUUCAGAUCACGAUUUAUCUGAAUUGUGCAGAGCUCUUCCCAACAGCCGUUCGCAACUUGGGAGUCGGAGUGAGUUACAACAUUGGCUUUGGAUUGUUUGGUGGCUUUGCCCCGCUGGUGGCCGAAGCAUCUCUUGAGUGGACGCCCUGUGGACCAGGAAUUAUGCUAUCUUUGGCAGGUUUGGUCACCUGCAUGACUAUCCUGGCGAGCGUGCGGUGCCAACGUGCGGGCAUGCUGCAACUUGCGCACAUCCGGCCUCGCCCCUACAUGGGGACAUGGGCGGAUGGAGAAGCGAAUGGGGAGCUGGACUUCAAAUGA